AUGGUGAUGAGUUCACGUUCUACAGUUGGCCGGAGUGAAACAGGCGUGGAUAGUACAGCAGUCCUGGUUAGUGAGUGUAGUGCAGUGCGGGGCAGCGCAGGGCUCGUGCACCUGGAGCGGGGCGGCCGGGCCCGAUAUGAAGUGAACGAAGCUAAAAAGGAGCAGCGAGAGAUUUCCAGUCCAAGGCGAAUGAUAGAAGCUCGAGGCUCGAGCCUAGGAGGAGUUCCUCUGAGGACCGGGACUCGGGAGGGGCCAAUGGAGGUCAGCCUGCUGUCCAUCUCUUGCGCGAAUGUAUCCGAGCUGACUGAGAUGCUGCUGCACUCCUCCCAGUUCUGCACAGUCUCAAGCUCAGCUGAUGCUGCAAUGGGCAUUUCGAUCGUGAUGACGACGACUAUAACGACGCUUUGGCCAAUCAUGUGA